AUGAAAACUCCGCUUCUGACCUUGACCUUUGGUCUCAUCGUUGCAGGCUCGCCCCUCAACAACAUUCACUCAGACGCUCCAUCCAUUGCCCGUCGGCAGGAUAUCGGCUUCCAGCUAGUAGAUGACAGUCCUGAGCCAACCAUCGCGCCUGAUAACUCGACAAACUACAAUCAGCAGGCUGCCAUAUCAGAAGUAGUAGCCAGUAUCAAUGACGAUCCUCUGCCCCAAGACAACUCUUUGAGCAGACGAGACAUGGUCGUCUCAACUUCCUCUGGAUACACUGAUAAUCUGCCACUCCCUGGUGCAGCGAUAAAUGCUCCUUUGAAUUGCAAUGGUGCUGAUACCUACAUGGGCGCCAAACUCUUCACCUCUGGCACUUUCGACACCACCCUUUGCGCCACUGCUUGCAGUGCUCAAAGCGCGUACAAUUUCGCUCACCCUCCGUCAAAGGGCAGUCCAAAGACCUGUCAGUUCUACAACACUUAUGUGCUGUACAAGGACAAUGUCUACCAAGGCCAAUACUGUUCGAUGUAUACCCAAGCAUGGGACGCUUCCUACGCCACUAACAAAGGCCAGUGGCGCGAUGUGAGCUGUCCAUCUGACGUUCCAUAUCUCAGCGCCAAUGGAGCAGAUUUUUGUUCCAGCUACAUCAACUACCAGCCACCUGUCUCGACCUCAAUCAUUGUGAGCACACCGGCAUUGUCAGUUGUGACUUCCACCUCGACCAGCAUCACAACUACGGUUUCCUAUGCCACAGAAGUUCAGACAAGUGUCGCUAGCACUACCACAUUGAUAAUCCCGCCCGCUAAUAAAAAGAGGGCUAUGUCAACACCUGUGUCGAUUUCGACCUGGUCUCCUUCUCGCAUCUCCAAAGCCUGCUCCGCUGUUGCUACAGGCUCGACAACCACCAGCACGACUGCCACCGCUGCGACGCCAUACAGUACAUUGGUCACGAUUGGUGUACAGACUCAGACAUCGACCUCAUCUACUACAACGACAACAGUGGUCGUGUCUACUGCUACCGUACAGCCUGUGAACAUCGUUAAGAGGCCAGGUUUUGAAGGUGGAACUGGUAGCGAGAGUUGGCAGCUAUUGCCUAACCCUGGUGGCUGGCAGAUUAUCAAUGAUCCCUCGCAGGCUCAUUCCGGCAAUAACUAUCUUGUGCUUUCUGCCAACUCGUCUUUGAAUCAAUGGGCUGAUUCGGUCCAAACGCUUCACACCGUUGCUGGCAAGUAUACCCUACAAUUUUCGUAUUCGUAUCAGUUCGACAGCCCUGGUUGUUAUCUCCUCAGCAGUCUGGUCGGUGCUGGUAUCUAUCAGCAGAAGCUGGUCAGUAGCACUAAUGGCUGGGUCACGGUGACCGUCACAGACAUCCAAGCACAAACCCACAACUACGGCAAUCUGGAGAUUGAUGUCUUCUGUCCAACUGGAUAUGCUUAUGUGCAUCUGGACGAUAUCAAGUUCUACGCGCAGUAA